AUGGAUACUCUGAUUCCAUACAUCAAUACCAGGAAUCUUCAACAGAUUGUCAUUUUCAACCAGCACAAUGCACUAUUUAAUGCAUCUGUUGUCAAGAACUUUCCAUUCAACAUCAUCAGUACUCUUGCUGAUAACCGUGAAUCAAACAUCAAACUCAUUAUUUCAGCAUCAGUCAAUAACGAUGGAUAUCAUACCAAAAUGAAAGGAUGA